AUGAACGCCCUGCUCCAGAAACACCAGGCCAGACACGUGUACAGAGUCCCGGAAGGACUGAGCGAGCUGUGCUCCGACAUCGCACGCGAGGUUCUGCGCUCGCAACCGAGGAACAUUUAUUGCUUCGUCGCAGAUUACGUAGAAGCGCUCUUGAUGACACGGGAGAACGCGAAAGUCGCGGUGAGAGUCGUAAACAAUAUCCUGCUGGGAAGCCAAGCGAUCGUGGGCAUACUUCACCGCAGCGGCCUGAGUCUGGAGCAGAUCAUCUGCGCCGCGCCCAGGAUUCAGGCCGCUUUCCGCGGGCACUACGAAAGAAUGUUGCUGAACGAGUCCCAGGGCUUGGUCCAGUGGCAACGAGCGGCGACGAGGACUCUUGAGAUCCUGAGGAAGGCCGGAGCUACGCAGGCGAAAGCGUCAAGAGCCGCGAUUUUGAUACAAGCUACUUAUCGCGGCUACUACACGAGGAGGAAUCUGAAAAUGAAGAUGAUGCAGGCUGCUACCGCGUAUUCACCAGAGCAGAAAAAGGAUGAAGUGGAUGUGAUAGAGCCAGAGGAGAAAAAGGAUGAAGUGGACAUGAUAGAGCCAGAGGAGAUUGUCCAAGCGGUGGCCUGGCUGGACACGAUAUACGAGGAUUCAGGAUUGACGCUGCCGAGAGCCCAUGAAGCCGCUUCUAUCAUCCAAAAAGCUUACAAGCAAUAUCACCAGAAGAAGAGCGACAACGUGCCGCGGGAAGAAUCGACCAAGUCGAUGGUGGCGGGAGCGCUCAUCAAAGAUCUACACGAGAGGAUCUUCGACGAGGUCAUGAGGUGGGAGGAGAUCCCCACAGAAUUCGGAAAUCGCGAGGACUUGACGAAGACCGCGGAGGAACUUCGGCGUGCCUUUAAUGAUCGGCUGACGCGCGCUCGUAUGGCACAGGAAGAAUAUGAGGAAGAGGACGAGGAGGAAGGAGCCGUUCGUUUGGAAGAUCCCAACGAAUCGAGACCGAUAAACGACGCUACGUACUUGGACAAUGUGACGAAGGAUCAGGAGGAAGGUCGAGGGAUCGAGGUGGAACCGGGACGUGACGAAGGAACAACUGCGUACGUGCGGGAUUAG